CCGUUAAGUCCCCAUAAGUCUUCAAGAAUUAUAACAAAAUCUCUCUUUGACGAUUGUUGUCCUUCUACAUAUCAUUGUCCGCACAAGCAUUACAUGAUCAGACACACAUGACCAUAUAAUCAAUCAGCCAUGAAGUCAUUUCAGCAGAAUCAUGUCAGAUUUCAUAAAGUUAUACUCGCAUGACUUCUUAAUAAUAUACAAUAAGAAUUCACCCAAUUCUAUUGAAACUGCACACAAAUUACUUGUAAUUUUGGAACAACGUGGACUAAAAGGGUUCCUCUGGCACAGAGAUUCUGAUAGCAAUAGUUCACCUGAGCAGAACUUUGAAGCAUUAGAUAGGGGUAGAUAUAUCUUAACAAUUUUCAACAAGGGCUUCAAAACAGACAAAUCCGCCGUCUACACACUUGAGUGUGUGUUUCGUAGAUUGAUCAAUUCUGGAGAACUCACAAGAUUUAUUCCUGUGGUUAUAGGGGUUGAAAGACGAGGAGUAUACUCAGUUGGAAAGGCUCAAAACCACUCUCCACGCAGAUUUACCGUAUUAACCAAAUACAAGCCACUGUUUAAUAACAUGGCAAGCAGGCAGCAUAACCGUAGGACUUUGACAAAGGGCAAUUAUACAAGAUUAAAAAACAUUUUGGAGAAGAUCGGAUGGAAAGAUCACAAACAUCGGAACUGGUUAAAGAUUGGUUUAAUCACAGUCGCUGCUGUAGUCGUUGUUGUUUUAAUCGCCGUUGCUGUAGUCGUUGUCUACAAUCAAAAUGAUAUUGUAACAUUUGGGGAAGUUUCCGUUAACCCUGAAGCAAACACGACAAAAAGUUUGAAUACAAAUGCAACUAAAAACAAUAUAACUGCAAUUGAUGUAACUGAUGAAUCCAAGACUAUGGUUAAAAACGAUGAUGUAUUUACAAUAAAUGCAACACGAACUACACCUUUUAUGUGCAAACUAUUUCCCUAUGUAUUGCCAAAGUUAUGCUCUCAUGAAAACCAUUCGAAAGAAGAUAAUUGA